GCGACCCGACCAUGCCAAACCGAUGGGACCAACCACAGCGGAUGCAACUGUUCAAUUCUCUGUACCAGACCAACCCAAGCCACCCACACACGACAAGCCUCUGGCGCGUAUGUGUGUGGUGUGUUGAUCUGUCUGCGCCUCCGUGCUACCUGCCAGUCGAGAAAAAAAAAAAAAUCUCCUCCUAUCUAAUAAGAAUGCCAUCUAUUCUUUAGUUUAUGUUAUCUCCCGUUUCUUUUUCACAAUCCUUUGUUUGUUCCCCCCUUUUCAACGUACCUCCGUAAUAACAAUCUGUAGAGGACCUACAGGCUACCGGUUAACGGGAUCGACCUUUUUUUGCACGAACCCAACUGGAAACAACCCAGUUUAGAUCAGACCAGACACAACAGGCCUUACAUCAGAUAAUAAUAGCUGUUCCAGUCAGCAUAAUCCUUGACAUAAGGAGACGAUAUAAUAUAGACUUCAUCGCAGCAACAGACCCCGGACAUCAGAAGGUAAAGGCUUCCUUCCCUUCUUCACCUGCACCGAGUCUCGGACAUCGACAAGGCCAGCACAACCACGCUAGAAUAGCAUUUCCUCAAUGGGUCACGGUUACACCCCUUUAACUGGCCACUCUUCAACCAUGAGUGUGAGUGUUUUGCCCCUGUCUCCUGUUGGACCCCCCAGAUGCGUUUCACCGAUGGGGACCCCCGGUGGGUCGUUCUUUUUCGACAGGGAAGGUCGAAAAUCUCCUUUGGGCUUCGAAACUGGUCGUCCCAAAGGCGCCACUCUCCUUUCUCUAUUUCCAAGCUUUCAACCCGUCAAACCCAAUUUCUUCAUUCCCAAAAAGCCUAUCACCAAACCUGCAGACUCACUUUUGUUCUGAUAUACUUGACAUCAACCCGCCGGCCGGACUAAUACUAACAAUAUGAGCCAGUACGGAUACGGCGGAAGGCAAAACCCCUUCGACGAUAGGGGCGACGGCGGUGCAGGUGACUACGGAGGACCACAGCCACCACGACCUCCCCCAGGGCAGUUUGGCGGCGGGCCUCGACCAGGCGGCAACCGGGGACCGGCUAUGGGACGGGACGAUUAUUCAUCAAGCCAAAACGUCGAGAUGGCAUCUCUCACACAAAACGGAGCUGGUUUCAGCGGCCAGGGCGCUUCCGGCAACAGCGAUCCCAACUUUAUUCUCAACGAGUGUCGGUCCAUCGACGACGGAGUCGGCCAGAUCGAGGGCAACCUCAACCAGCUGCGCAUGCUCCAGGACAGGUCCCUCAACGAGGCCGAUUCGACAGGCUCCCAGACGCAGAGGCAGCUCGACUCGCUCUCUUCCGAGACCAUGGCCAUGUACCGCGCGCUGACCGACCGAGUGCGCAAGGUCAAGUCGAGCCCCGAGGCCUCGCAGGCGCGCAACACGGCGCAGGUCAACCGCGUCGAUCGUCGCCUCAAGGCCGCUAUCAACCAGUACCAGCAGAUCGAGUCGGGCUUCCGGCAAAAGUCCCGCGACCAGCUGGAGCGUCAGUACCGCUACGUCCGACCCGACGCCGACGACCGCGAGGUCCGCGACGCCGUCGAGGACGCGGCCAACGGUGGUGGGCAGAUAUUCCAGCAGGCCCUGAUGCAGAGCGACCGCAGGGGCCAGGCCCGCGCCGUUCUCAAUGCCGUCCAGGACCGCCACGAGCAGAUGAAGAAGAUUGAGCAGCAGAUGAUUGAGCUCGCACAGCUGUUCCAGGACAUGGACACUCUCAUCGUUCAGCAAGACGUGCAGGUUGCCCAGAUUGAGCAGAAGGGCGAGGAGAUCGUUGAGAACCUGGACAAAGGCAACGAGGAGAUUGUGGUCGCCGUCGAGACGGCCAAGAAGACGAGGAAGAAGAAGUGGAUCUGCCUGGGUAUUUGCAUUACUAUUGUGGUUGUCAUUGCGGCCAUCGUUGCAAUCUACUUUUUGGUUAUCAGUCCGCCUCGAGCCAACAACAACAACGCCCCAGCACCCGCGGCAACUGCCACUCCCGCAGCCAACACAAACCCGAAACGAAGUCUAGGGAACGGCCUACCCGAAUUAGAGCACGUUGACUUCGACGGCGAGCGACCGGUAUUUAACAUUUACGCCCAGUCCAAGAUCGUGCUCACAGAAGAUGAGUUCAACUCCAAAACCGAGGAGGAGACAUCGCCCCUGGCUCACUUUGCCGGCAAAUCGUCUGUCAUGAAGAAGCGCUACGUGGUCACCGAGGAUGUCGGCCCCAGCCCAGACCCCACCGGCCCGCUAGGCCAGGGAAUCCCCAGCAUGCACAGCGAAGGCGGCGAGUUUGAGAAGACCAGUCGAGCAUCCGGGGGCUUGCGCAAGAAUAAGAGGCUCGCACUAUCAGGAGGGAAAGCAUUUGAUGUUGACAGCGCUACGCUUGUGGUGAGGGCCACAAAGACCGAGUAAAUUUCGGGAGGAAAAAAAAAACGCAGUCUUGUCAAUUUCUUUGCUUUUAUUUCUGGCGACUGCAUUUUUUGGCUGUUCACGGUGACACAUAUUUUGGUGUUUUUCGAGGGUUGGGGUGUCUGAUUUCCACCUUUCUUUUUCUUUUUAUUUUGUCUUACUCAACAUCACCAAAAGAGGGAAAACGCCUUGUGGCUUGAUGCCGGAGGAUCGUAGUCUGUUGUUCCUUUUCUUUUGUUUGUUUCUUCUUGACCCCUCUGUAUAUCUGGAGUCUUUUGUUUCUUGGAAGCAUUAUAGGCGUUUAAUCAAGACUUGAUAUCCUUUUGUCACUAUUUGCCUGUUGUGGGCUGUUGGGUAAUGUGGAGUAUUAAUUGGGCUAGAUCUUGUUGCAUCGUAUGUCUUCGAUAUGUUACUAGAUAACUUGCCAGUGACAAACUUUAUCUAUCACUAUACUCUAUGA